AUGGUGCGCAUCACGGUCCCGGACUGGAUCGUGCACCGCGCCGAUGAGCGGUCUAAGCGAUCCACCAUAUACACACUCGACGUGCACCCUGACGGGACGCGCCUGGCCACAGGUGGCCUUGAUACCAAGAUCCGCGUGUGGGCCACGGCGCCUAUCGUGAAAGAGUCGACGCGUUCGCCGCGCCUGCUCAGCACCUUGGCGCGACACACCGGCGCAGUGCUGUGCCUGCGCUGGUCGCAUUCGGGCCGCUUCCUUGCGUCGGGCUCCGACGACACGGUCGCGCUGAUCUGGGACCUUGACGAAUCGGGCAGUGGCAGUGGCAUCGCGUUUGGCACGUCUGAAACGAACGUAGAGCACUGGCGCCCGCACCGCCGGUUGCCUGGCCACGAUUCAGACAUCACAGACCUCUCCUGGAGUGAGAGCGACGCGUACCUCGCGACCGUCGGCCUCGACUCACUUGUGAUCCUGUGGUCGGGCGACAAGUUUGAGCGUGUGCGCACGAUCCGCGGGCACCAUGGGUUUGUCAAGGGCGUGUCGUUUGAUCCCAUUGACCAGUUCCUCGCCACAAGUAGCGACGACCGCACCGUCAAGAUUUGGCGCACAAGCGACUGGGGCCUGGAAGCCUCCGUGAAGGCGCCGUUCAAGAGCAGUCCCAGCAGCACGUUUUUUCACCGCCCGUCGUGGACGCCCGACGGCGCGCACCUACUCGCCGCAAAUGCCAUGAACGGGCCGGUGUUUGUCGCGAGCAUCGUCGACCGGUACACAUGGGCGUCAGACAUGGCGCUUGUGGGUCAUGAAAAUGCAGUCACCGUAGUGGCGUGCAGCCCCCGUUUGUUUGAAGGCCCCAACAAGACGUCUAUCUCGGUGCUAGCACUAGGCUCACAGGACCAGAGCGUGUCGGUGUGGAUGACAGGCCUUGCGCGACCGCUCCUCGUCGCCAAGGACUUGUUCGAGCGGCAUGUCAUGGACUUGGCGUGGUCCGCUGACGGCUACACACUGUAUGCUUGUUCAUCCGACGGCUCCGUCGCUGCACUGUCGUUUGACGCCGACGACCUUGCCCCCACGCUACCCGAUAGUGCCCUAUUUGAGGCACGGGCGGCGCACGGCUAUACUAGUGGCGCGCGGCGUGCCGCGACACACGUACCGCUUGUGCGCCCCGCGCUCGAAAUGGAUGCGCCACCGCCGCCGCUCGUCUUGAAGACCAGCUCGCAACCUACGGAGCGACUUGUACAGACAAUUACGCGGGACCGGAAUGGCAAGCGCCGCAUCCGCCCGACCAUCGUCCAUGAGAGUGGCACUGCGCCAAGCAUCGCUAGGACCGAGUCGCCCUUAACCUCCGAGGUCAGUACACCCUGGGCCCCAUCGCAGCCGGCCAUACCGCUCUUCCGGCCAGGCCGGGCUACCGAGCCUGGCGCCAUGCCCGUACAGCGCCACGUUACAUGGACAGGCCGUCAUGUGUCGGUGGAAGCGCGCAACGAGGCCGCCAUUACCGAGCUGGUCUACCGAGCGCAGGGCCACGUGCGGUGGACCGACGUGCUUUGGAGCCCCGUACUGAGUGUGACGGCUAGUCCCACUUGGGUAGCCGCCUCCCUCCAUGAUGGCACGCUCGUUUGGUACUCAAGCAAGGGCCGGCGCCGCGCCACGCUGGCCAUAGACCCUUGUGUCUGUCUGGCGUCGCAAGAGAACUACUUGGCGGUGCUCACGACGCGCUCCUCAGUGGCCGUAUGGCAUGUUGUACAGGGUCAGCAACACAUUCCUUUUACCGAGGCUCCGCAUGGCGACUAUGCCAGCAUGUAUGUGCAUACCAACGGUGUGCCUGUGCUGAUAGUAAAGCAGCCACAGGCGGCGCUUGCCCUGGAUACCCAGAAACAGGCCUUUGUAUGCAUUGCUCAGGGCACGCUCGCGCGGCUCAGUGACGCGUGGGAUGUACGGCUGCGCGAGCGCAGCGCGACGCCCCGGGACCCUGUGCUGCAGGCCGAAUGCGCGCUCAGCGAAGCGCUGCCGCCGGAAUCGACCGCAGCGCAGGCAGGAGCGACACCCCAGCAGCGUCUCGCAGCCACCUUGAGUCACCUGGACAUGCGUAUGUCCGCUGCCGAAUUGCUCAACAGUGCCAAUGAAUACCGGCAAGCUUUGUAUGCCUUGGGCCGCCGCCUCGCGGACGAAGGACUCCAGAGUCAAGCAGAGGACUUGGUCGAAACACUGCUCGGACCUGUGUAUUACCACCCGAAUAUGCCUGUUUGGACCCCGCAAGUCCUGGGCAUGGACAAGCGCGAGCUCCUCUUGUCGCUAUUGGCCGUGCUAAGCCAGGGUCGCCUAGCUGCUCUAGCGAAUAGAGUCCACGAGGUGCUCCGUGCACAACGUGGCACCUCCACCUUCGAAUAG